UCCAGGGCAGCUCUUGCGCUCGCUGCCUCGCUGCAGGAGGACCCUUGUGAGCAAGGAGUUCUCAGCAGACGGCCUGCACCCCGAGAGGAGUCUUGCUUUUUUCCCUUGGGUGGCAUUCGGCAUUGUGCAAACCCGCACAGCACUGCUAAAAUGAUCAAGCAAGUCUGUGCCGUGGUUUGCACUGUUUUCUCCGUGGCAUAUUCUGGCUACUUCCUGGCUCACCUGACAGGUCACUUCACCCGUGGAUGGAGACAAGCGUGUCCUUUGGGCUCAAGGGCAGGGUCGGCACCUCCUCUGGCUCCCUCUCUUGUGGAGGAAGAGGCUGAAGAGGAGCAAGAGCACAUCAAGCCCCCAGCUGCUGUCCCUCCACGGCCCCAAAAGGCUCCCGCAGCUGCCGGCACUGGGUCCGGCAGCCCCGCCCAGCCGGCCGAGACGAGAGAGGAGCAGAGGCUGAUGAGACUGAGGAGCGUUGUGAGCCCGGGUGAGCCAAGGAGCAAAUACACGGCCCUUGAAGAACUUGGACGAGGGGGCUUUGGAGCUGUUUAUAGAGCCCUGGACGCCAGCACAGGCAAACAGGUGGCCAUCAAGAAAAUGAUGUUGGAAGAGGAGGAUUCCGAGGAGCUGGCUGUCAAUGAAAUCGUGGCCAUGAGGGACAACAGGAAUCCCAAUAUUGUCAUCUACUUAGACAGCUACCUGGUCAACGAGGAACUCUGGCUGGCGAUGGAGUUCAUGGACGGCGGCACGCUGUUCGAUGUGCUCAGGGCAGUGUACCUGGAGGAAGGACAGAUAGGCGCUGUCUGUCGGGAGUGCCUGCAAGGUCUGCAUUUCCUUCAUUCCCGCCGAGUCAUCCACAGAGACAUCAAGAGCAGCAACGUUCUUAUGGGCACCGACGGAUCGGUCAAAUUGGCUGACUUUGGUCUCUGUGCUCGGCUCAGCCCUGAGUGCAGCAGCUGCCACUCCAGCGUCGGCACUCCCAGCUGGAUGGCACCAGAAGUGGUGAGAGGAGAAGCCUACGGCCCCAAAGUGGACAUCUGGUCCCUGGGCAUCACGGGGCUGGAGAUGGUGGAAGGGGAAGCUCCUUACCAGAGGGAGCCCAAGUUCAGGGUUUUUGAACUGAUCGAAAGGAACGGGCCCCCAAAACUGCAAAAGCCCAGGCACCACUCGGCUCUCCUGCGCGACUUUCUGCGCUGCUGCCUGCAGGCGGACCAAGACAGGCGCUGGUCUGCCCAGGAGCUCCUGCAGCAUCCGUUUGUGACCUCAGGCCAGCCUGCCUCCAGCCUGGCUGCUCUGAUCCUCUCAGCCAAGCAAGCGCAGGAAGACCGGAGAGGAGAGGCUUGCGCCUGAGGAAGCCUUUGUGCCGCGCCAGCCACAAGGAGUUCAAAGGGGAUGGAUGGUGUUUGGACAGAGAGUCAGCCAUCCAUUCAGUUUUUUAAGGAGGUGUUCAUUUGUUUGGAAGUUUUUGUUGUAUGGAAUUUGUCCAUUUAGCUGUUUUUAGUUCAUACCUCCGUUUUUCGUUUUUUUUUUUCUCAAAUGCUUAGUUUAUAAUUUAGGGAAAAUAGGGAGCAACUUCUUAGAGCUAUAGAUUUUAGAAAAUGGAGAUAGUGGAAGAUUGUUUUCCUUGGAAUAAAUUGUUAUUAACAGA